AUGCAUUUUAUUUAUAUUUCGUAUUUCAAUGCAUCGAAGCUCUUACUUGAUGGAUCUUUCUUCAAAUUCGCAUUAGAACACGAAGAAGAACUAGGACAUUCAACUCAUAUUAAAUUAUUAAGGUUAAUGAGCUCUUUGCCAAUGAACAUACCCCAUAUUAAUGAGAUUGAGAGCAAGGCAUUCAAAUUCCAUCGUCAUUUUUGGUUCGAUAGCUUCAAAAUCUUUGAAUACAAAAUUAUUAAAAAACAUAGAUGCAGAAGCAAUGAUAAAGAAGACUUAGAAUACUAUGCAAGGAUGAGCUCUGCCAUACAGAAGUACGCAGAGCUCAUUAACUCUUCAGUUUCCGUGAUUCAACAUGAAAAAAAAUCAAAUAUUUUUAUUUACGGUUCAUCCUUGAGCUAUUUAGCCAGGAAACUUGAAUUUUAUGUCAAACUGAUGCUCCUCCGCUAUCCGAAUAAGCUCAAUUUCGUUAAAUUGGGUGCAUUAUUUUAUGAAAGGUGCGUAAUGAACCCAUUCAUCGCCAGAAACCUUUGCAACUGUUAUAACGCAAUAUCCGUAUACGAAUUUCCGAACUGGCGUGAGCUAACCACCCAAGAUGUCUACUUCAAAACAUUAUUUGACGAAACGGAGUAUUCCAACGAAAAGAACGAUGAAGACAUGAGUUUCGACUCCAAUGAACAGGCCCUUAACCAGUCUUUGAAGUCCGCAAUCUCAAAUGACAUGGUUAAAUUCGAAAUUUCCAACUUUUCAGUCGUUACCGUUGCUUUACAUAUCAUAGGAUUUGCCUUUAUAUUCUUUGUUAUGUGUAUUAUCUACAGCGGAACGACUUUAACCCAAAUUUACACAGGAAUGCUCACUUUAAUCGAUUCUUUGAACAUGGACUUAGCUUCAUUCCUCAAGUUACUCAUCUUUGCAUUCGAACCAUGCCUUUCCCAGACUUCUUCUUCGUUUAAUUCUUCAAUUAAUUUGAAAAAUUACCUUGAAGAGUACAGUUGGAAUCACCAGGAGUUCUAUAGGACCCUUGUAACAGUUCUUAUGAGUAAUCGCCAGCUUAAUUCAUCUCUUUGGAGCUCAUUUACCACAAGAUAUCUUAUAAGUCAGACAGUCAACGGAGAUCCAUUCAAUUACAGCUACCUAACAGUUGGAAAUCGCAUAAUAACUGUUGUUGAGAGCAUGUUGUUCUCAGAUCGCUGUUCAGACAACUUAUAUUACAAUUAUUCCCAAAAUUUCUUUUUGAACUUGACCGAUUACGUUGACAACUUCGACGUAUUAUUCCAGACAUCCAUGGGAAGAGUUCUCUCCAUGAUUAUCCGUUCAACAACCCUUACUGGUGAACUUGGAAGAGCUAUCGUCAUUUUGUCAGUUUUUAUUUCCCUUUUUUCACUUUUAUUUUACAAAAUGAAGUUCAACAAGAUCCAGGAGUCGACGAACGACGGUAACCAGACGAAAGAGUCCAACUUAGUCACGUCAAUGCUCUCAGAAACUAAUCAUGAAACCGUUUACUAUAUUUCGACGGUUAUUUGUACGUUAACGGUUAUUAUUUUAUUAUAUGUAUUGAAUGUUUAUAUCAUGUAUUAUGUUGCGAAGCAGACUAGUGAUACAUCAUCGCACAACAUACAAGACAUAUUUAGGGAACUGAAACAGACAUUUUACAUUGGCUGUGCAAUUACAGGAUUAAGAUUACAACUAAUUAAUCCUGAUUUACGGACAAAAGCCAAACUGAAUGUCGAGAAAGCGAUGAGGAUGAUAUCUUUGACGAAUAGAGCUUCAUCUUUCAAUUACUCGAUCAUAUUCAAUCUUUCAAAGUUAAUUGGUCGGUCGUAUUUUGAAAAUACUACACAAGUAACUGAAAGUUUUGUUUUGAACACAACUUAUUUGUUCUUGACUGAGCUGAUGCCAUCGAAUUUGCAACUGAUAGAAGCAAGGAAACUGAAGAUAACUAUUAACUUUAACAAUAUAAGUUAUUACGAAGUUUCUCUUCAUUCUUUUAUUUUCCUUUUGAGUUUGAUUUUACUUUCUAUCGUCGUAAGUUCAUUACAUCAUUUCAUUCAUUCUGUUUUAUACAGCGAAAUGCUAACGAAACUUAUACCUUAUAUAAGGACAGCUGUAUCAGAAGAUGGAAGUAACUCUGUCAGUGGUAUGAAUGAUAACUCAUUUACCUUGGAUUUGGUUGGAUAUCCUGCAGCAAUUGUUGACAGCAAAGAUGAAAUAAUUUUUGUAAAUCACCUUUGGUUGUCAGCUUUUAAUGAUGUGAUGUCUAAAUUCAUUGGAACAAAUGUGAACCAGUAUGUUACAUCAGCUAUUACUGGUAAAGAGUUUGACGGUUUAAAAGUCGUUGUUUUGGAAAAAAGUAAAGAAAUGGACGGUUUGAAAAAAGAUGUCGAUGAAAAGAAAAAAGAAUACAAGAAAGUUAUAAAAGUUCUUCAUCCUUUGGAGAGUUUCACAGAUGAAAUGAAGAAUCGCACAGCAAUUGUCUUGUCUUUGAACUUCGUUCCGCUUGGAGAAGGUGAUAGAUCAAUAGAAGUUGAUACAUGUUCUUUUCACUCAAAAAAUAUUAUUUCAAAAUUGAAAGGAUUUGUAAAGCCGUUCAAUGUCAGAUUUUUGUUAUGGAGUUUUGGCGAAUUACAAUUAGUUUUUGGUCUCAAAGACGAUGAUGUUAAAUGUGCAGCGUUGAAUGCAUUGAGCACUGCUUAUUACGCGAUACAAGUGGCAAUAGAAGGCGAAGAGAUGUUUGAAUUGUCAAUUUCUGCAUUGAUUAUGUCAGGAAAAUUUAUUGAUGGCAAUUUUGACGGAAGGGAUGUCAGGCAGAACAGAUUCCCUAAUGCUGUCUUGUUGUCACAGAGUGUUGCUGACUUAGUUGUUGAUUAUGUUUGUGAUAUGGCUUAUAUUUACAAUGGUUAUAUCAUGAUUAAUGUUGAUGAUAGAGAUAUCGAUGAUACUGAAAUGGAAGAAGAUACUACUGAAGAUAUUAUGUAUAUUUAA